AUGACUCAAGUAGAAUUACAAACAAGUUUAGGAAAAAUUUUGUUUGAGCUUUACACUGAGCACGCUCCAAAAACUUGUCAAAACUUUUAUACUUUAGCAAAAGAAGGAUAUUAUGAUGGUGUUCUUUUCCAUAGAAUAAUUCCUGAUUUUAUGAUUCAAGGCGGAGAUCCUACUGGCACUGGUCGAGGCGGUACUUCUAUUUAUGGAGAUUCAUUUGAGGAUGAGAUUCAUCCUGAAUUGCACCAUACGGGAGCGGGUAUUUUAUCCAUGGCAAAUGCUGGACCAAAUACGAAUGGAUCUCAAUUUUUCAUUACAUUGGCACCCACACCUUGGUUGAAUGGUAAACACACUAUAUUCGGGCGAGUUCAAAGUGGACUCGGUGUUUGCAAAAGAAUGGGUCUUGUUCGAACGGAUUCCUCUGACCGUCCUAUUGAACAAGUACGAAUUUUAAAAGCCAUCGCUCUUUGA